AUUAUUAAAUGUAUACGAGUUAAUUGAAUAACAGUGUUUGGUCUGUUGAACACGUGUACCAAAGAUGUUGUCUCUGUUACUAGCAGGUCUCUCACACUGUGCACAGAGCAGCUCUCUUUAGCUUUAGUGCUAACGGUGGCUAACACUUCACAUGUACCCACCUUGUGGCUCCUUUAAGACAGCUGUAUGCAUUUAACUGUCUUCUGAACUGCGUGUGGGUUCAGUGUUGUCGUCUUCGCCACAGAAAGCUAGAUUCAUGUGAAAUGUCAGCGCAAAAAGAUUGUGAUUUUUUGGUGAAGAGAGCCCGGGAGCUGGUCUCUGAUGAUCCCUGUGCGGCCAAAGCCUGGCUCAUUACUGCCAGAACCCUCUACCCUGCAGACUUCAACAUACAGUAUGAAAUGUACAUCAUUGAACGCAAUGCAGAGAGGACAGCUUCUGCAGGGAGACUGCUGUACGACAUGUUUAUUAACUUUCCAGAUCAGCCCAUUGUUUGGCGAGAGAUCAGUGUCAUCACGGCGGCACUCCGCAGUGACUCUCAGGACAAACAUGCACAGUUUCUACGAGGGCUUUUUGAGACACUGCCUGGCCGUGUGCAGUGUGAGAUGCUACUGAAAGCCACAGAGCAGUGUUUCAACACUUUGGAGAAGGCAGAGAUGCUGCUCCUUCUUCUGAAGCGCUUUCCUGAGUCUGUGGUUCAACACGGAGUCAGUCUAGGGGAAAAGUUGUUAGAGGCGGAGGCAUCAGAGAAUGUGGAGACUCCUGUCAACUGCUUCAGAAAACUUUUCGUGUGUGAUGUCCUUCCUUUGGUCAUAAACAACAUGGACAUGCGCUUGCCGGCCAGCCUGGUUCAGAAGUACAUGCUGAAAGCAGCUGAAUUCUACAUCGGCUAUAUUACCCGUGGACCCUCACCUGAUGUACAGAUACAGGGCUCUCAAGAAGCUGGGUCUCUGAAGUCACCCACUGGUUCCCGUGGCUCCCAGCGUUAUGUGAUUGAAGGUCUGUCUGAAAAGUCGUCAGUGGUAGCAGAACCUUGGGAGAGGCUAUUGGAUAUCCUCGCUGUGGUUGGAGCACGCUGCGAGUGGCAGGGAGACAAGGGACAGAGGAGUUAUGUGGACAUGCUGCAGAGAGUGAAGGAGCUGUGUCGCUACCUGCCUGGUCUGGAAGGAGACACAUGGUCCCGCUGCUGCAGUCAAGUGGUCAUCUGUGCAGCGCUCGUCCUCUUCCGCAGCGCCUUCCUCUACGUCUCAGCUGUGCAGCCUGCACUGUUCCAGGGUGUGAAUGCGUUGAGCUCGGGGCCGUGGAUCCUUGUAGAGGAUUUGAGCUCGGUGUAUAAUGAUUUGGAAGUGGAAAGGGGAGCAGUGAAACAUGCACAUAAGAAACGCAAACUGGCAGAUGGGAGAGAGAAGACAAUGAGCUCAGAUGAUGAGGAAGGGUUUGGAAAAGGUCGCGGUCGACAUAUUUUGGUGAACAAGACUGAGAUGCCCAACUGGUCAGAGACUCUGGAGAGCUUUCGCACAGCAAGGGAAAGCUGGGAUCUUCUUCACUCCAAUGAUGGCCUGGAAACUGAGUUCAAGAAGAUCUGUGCCUCAUGGAAGACGGACAGCUGGCUGUGGUUCAGAAUAUUCCUAACCGACACAAUCAUAUACCAGGGACAGUACCGUAAGGCCCUCUCUAGCCUGCACCAGAUGGCUGCAGUGCAGCUGCCUCAGCCUGGACAGCAGAGCCCCUCAGGUCAGGCCAGUCUGGAGCACCACAGGGCCCUCAUACAGCAGGCGUCCUGCCACUACGCACUGGGAGAGUACCGGAUGGCCUGUGAGAAGCUUCUAGAUGUUGUCGGGGGUCUGAUGCCGCCGACCCAAGACCAAACUAAGACCCCAGAGGAUCAAGGUAGACUCAAGACCAAAAUGAGGAAAGGUAAUGACCUGAGAUUGCUUCCCUGCACCAGCAAAGCUGUGUUACCUUUCUGCCUGCAGCUGAUGUUUGCCUGCUUCAAGCUCCGCGCCUUCACCGACAAUCGUGACGACCUGUCCCUCGGUCACGUGGUGGUGCUCCUGCAGCACGACUGGCCACAGGGCGAGAUGCUGUUUUUAAAGGCAGUGGAGAAGAUCUGUCAGCAAGGCAGUUUCCAGUAUGAGAAUUUCUUCAACUAUGUCACCAACAUCGACAUGCUGGAGGAGUUUGCAUACCUGCGUACUCCAGAAGGCGGCAGGAUUCAACUGGAGCUCCUGCCCAAUCAGGGAAUGCUGAUCAAACACCACACCGUGACUCGUGGGAUCACCAAGGGUGUGAAGGAAGAUUUCCGUCUGGCCAUGGAGAGGCAGGUGUCGCGUUGUGGAGAGAACCUGUAUAGUGUGCUUCACCGUUUCUGCAUCCAGGAGAAAAUCAUCAUCAUCCAGUCUCUCCCUUGACACCUGGCCUGUGACUUUUGAACAUUUUCAUAGUUGAUAUUCCAGGCACAGUUUUAAUGCAGCUGGACUAACUUUAUGACUCCAACACUGGACACAUUUCUAACUCUCUUGACUUGAUCAUCCAUCUAUGAACUCUUAAGAAAAGAAUACAUCUCCUUGCCUUAAAAGUGGAUCUCUAUUUUCAGAGAGUUGGUGGGAAUACUGAUACUUUCUGAAUAUACAUUGCUCAUUAACAUAGUAUGUGUGUAGUUUUCUUUUCAACAUGUGCACAACCACAUUUGAAGUGGUUUAAUCAUAUUGUGACAUUUCUGCAAGUCCAAAAUUGACAAAAGAAUUCAGUGCAUUUUUGAUAUUCUUUAUCAAGUUUAUUGUUUUUGUUACAAACUUGAAGUGUUGGUUUAUAUAAAUGUUUCCAUUAAAUGUCCUCUAAAU